ACUGGAGUAGCCACUUUUUUUUUUAUCUUCAAAAGCAAUCCGAUUCGAUUCGAUUCCCCAAUCCCUCAUAAUGUGCAAGCUGAGUCUGAGUCUGUGUUUGCUGAUAGCCCUCUUCGGCUGCCUUGCGGCCGCCAGUCCCGCCCGCCAGCUGCCUUUGGACAGCAGCACCCUGCGCGAGAUCACCGUGGUAAAGAACGUGCGCUUGUUUGCCGCGCAGCACCCGGGGCUGAAGAUCCAGCGUCUAGCAAAGCAGCCGGCCACAGCCCGCGGUGGUGUCGAGUCCGUGCGCUACACUCUCGGCGCCCGCGUAACCAGCGACAGCUUGGUAGCCCAGGGUGCCGAUGUGUUCAGCUAUCCGGCUUCCCAGGAUGUGAGCGUACAGUUGACGUACCCGGAGGAAGGCGCUGGAGCAAUCAUCACUUACGUGGAGCUGAUCUGCACCCAGGACAACAGCGAGGGCAACGCCUACGUGGUGGCCGGAGGCAUCGGACAACGGUUCAUCUCGAUCAUUCUCGAGGCCAGCCAGACCCGCAACUUCUCGUACCAGGCCCAGUACUAUGGCCAAAAGUAGGAUUCCCUGCUGUUGCUGCCCUACCGCUGUUUGUACAGAUGUGUCGCACAGACCAUGUCGCAUGAUCCAAUAUAAAUAUACGUACCCAUAAAUGUUGAAA